CCCAUUUAUUUAUAGCUCCUGUAUGCAAAUUAGAGGUAUCCCUUUCGCACUCUUUCAUUGGUCAGUCCUCGAGAACACCCCUUUCCUCCUCUAUAACUGUUUUUCAUUGGUUCCAAUUCGAUUCGCCUUCUCAUUGGCUGCCCACAACGGACCCAGAAGUCAGCCUAUCAGCGCAGAGGCAAGGAGCCUAAGCAAGAGCGUAGCCGAGUUCCGUCGGUCUCUCGCUGUGUUCCUCGCUCGGUUGCGGUCCGAAUCUUCAGCCGCUGCGAUGUCUGGCCGCGGGAAGCAGGGCGGGAAGGCGCGCGCCAAGGCCAAGUCGCGCUCGUCGCGGGCCGGGCUGCAGUUCCCCGUGGGCCGCGUGCACCGGCUGCUGCGCAAGGGCAACUACGCGGAGCGGGUGGGCGCCGGCGCCCCGGUGUACCUGGCGGCCGUGCUGGAGUACCUGACGGCCGAGAUCCUGGAGCUGGCGGGCAACGCGGCCCGCGACAACAAGAAGACGCGCAUCAUCCCCCGCCACCUGCAGCUGGCCAUCCGCAACGACGAGGAGCUCAACAAGCUGCUGGGCAAGGUCACCAUCGCGCAGGGUGGGGUGCUGCCCAACAUCCAGGCCGUGCUGCUGCCCAAGAAGACUGACAGCCACAAGGCUAAGGCCAAGUGAGUACCGCUUAUGACU